CUUUAUGGGUGGACUUUACUUUGACGAAGUUAAGGUGAAAGAAGGCCUUGUAUGGGACGAACGUUCUGAUACCCUUGUAGGCUUCGUGGACAGUGGGUGUUAUCCUGAUAGUGAAGAGGGUGAAGUGGAAGACCUGUUAGCUACCCAUGUUCUGCAGUUCUCCUUCAAGAGCCUCUUUUCUAAAUUUUUCUUUCCAUGCUGCUACUUCUUCACUAAGUCUAUGAAGGGGUAUCAACUGGAAGAUGUAAUUGAUGCUGGUGUUUCAAGCCUUCACCGGUUUGGGUUUGAUGUGCUUGUCCUUUGUUGUGACGGUGGUGGUAGCAAUCGUGGUUUUUUGCGUAGCUUUCAGGAUAGCUCCGGUGCAUACUACAACAAGAAAUCAUUGCACCCUAUAUUCGUCAUAUCAGACCCUACACACAUUGUAAAGAAGUUCCGAAACAACCUUUCGAAAAGUGGUCAAGGAGCGUCUUUCACGAGGCACCUGCAGGUUGAAGGGUAUAGCAUAGUGUGGAAGCAGAUUAGGGAGGUGAACGAGAGGGAUAGUCAGCGCCAAGUGGGUUUGACAAGAAUCACAAAGGAACAUGUAAACCUUUCUAGCUACAGCAAAAUGCGUGCUGGGCUGGCAUUUGAUGUCUUCCAGCAGUGUGUCAUUGAUGAAAUGCAGACCAGUGAUCCUGCUGGAACGGUAGGAGUACGGAAGUACUUGGAAAACGUUAAAAUGUUUGUGGAUAUCUUUUCUUCAAGCACCAAGUUGGUAGACCCAUCAGACCCCCGCCUGGUCAAACUUGCAUCCGUAAGCCAAUGGCUGAAUGAUUGGAAAAGCAAUGCGGGAUCUUCUGGUGGCUCCAAAUCUUUUGUUUCCCCUCAGUUACAUGAGGAUGUGACUUUUGCAGCCCAAGGCUUGCAGAGCCUUGUAGCAUUCAUUGCCACAGAGUUCCAUAGCUUGGAACCACCUCUCUAUGUGAUACCGAAAACCAUUAAUCAAGACUUCCUUGAAGGGUAUUUUGGACUCCAGAGGAGCAUUGGCGGUUGCAAUAGCAACAUGACAUGCAAAGCGUAUGGGUACAAUGGCCUGUGUCUCAAUCAGACUCAUGUCAUGGGUAGAAACCUGGGUACGGGUGCAGCUCAAAUGCCUCUCAAGCCUCAUCAUGCAAGGACGGUGGCAACUUCUAAGGAUUCACACCAGAAACAGAGUGGAUCGUCUUCUAUGUCAUCAAACGAUUCGAAUACAUCUGCUGCCAACACCGCUGACAAGCUUCUGGAUGUUUCAUCAUUGACCGUCACAACUUCAGCAACCGCCACAUCGUGUGUUACGCUUUCUUCGACCACCUCUUCUACCUCUGCAACAUCCUCUUCUACAGACUCGGCUGGCUGCCCAUUUCCGUGAAGAACUGAAUCAUCCUCACUCGGUUCCGGAUUUCUGCAACUCCUGCCAUAUUGUUCGGACUAGCUCGUGGAAUAGGGAAGAUGACAAUCGACCGGUAACUGCAGCAUUCAAAGCAGAGAAGAAUGGAUAAUUAGCCAAGUGCCGCAUACUCUUGAAAUUAUAAAUUACAUAAUAAUAUAUUGUCAACUCUGCACAACUGCUGCAUGUUCUGCUGGUGCCGUACCUUUGUUGUUGCCGAUGUGUCUGUUAAUUAAAAUUCCGCAUACUCUUGAAAUUAGGCCAAACUAAAGAAGGUGUGUGGUUCGACUAACAUGGACAUUUUUUUUACGGGCGGGCGGGCGGAUUUUUGUUUUUUUAAAUAUAUUUUUUAGUACAUGUAAAUACACUGUAUACGCGUAUCGAGUAGACUCUACUACCAGCACAAGGCAGCAGUCGUACCACUCACUGCACUGCACUGCAGUACAACUACAAGUCAAGUCCAAAAGGAGCCGCCUGCGUCCGCAGACUCGCGCCGCACAGCACGUAGACGUGGACGUGUUCAGUCCACGUACGUCAGUCACACGACAGCCCGCCGAAAAAAAGUUACGGUCGGGCUGAAAUUGUACGGUCGGUCGGGUGAGUCGAACCACA